AUGGAAGACGUCAAAGAGGCACAAGACUUGGCAUCCUUGGCGCCUGCCGCGCAUGAGGCGCAUCUCGUCUUGAUUCCUCAGCCCAGUACCCACCCUCGUGACCCCCUGAACUGGUCAUUGCGGCGAAAGUAUAUUAUUCUUUCGGUGCUUUGCUUGGCUUCGUUCUCGGGCGCGAUUGCGCCGCUGUCUGGGCAGUUGAAUCUCGCGGAUCAAGAGAAGCUUUAUCAUAAGACGAAGCUGCAGCAGUCUUACGCGAACUCGGCCGCUCUGGCCGGUAUGGCCGCAGGGCCAUUCUUCUUUGCGCCCAUCUCCCACCUACUGGGUCGUAGCUCGGUCAUAUUUUGGUGUAUGCUCUGCGCACUUAUAUGCCAGGUAUGGGGUGCCGUGAUGACCCACCCGAAUGAUUACAUACCAUACAUCCUCUCUCGGUUAUUCUCUGGAUUCUUUGGUGCAGUGCCAACGGUGCUGGGACCUCGUGUUGUCACGGACCUGUUCUUCCUUCAUCAGCGUGGUCGUGCUUUUACUGCAUUGCAUAUGGCAUUUUUGUUCGGCACAAUCGCUGGUCCCACCUUCUCGGGCUUCAUCUCAGCCGGCGCCUUUUUCCCCGUGGAGUUCUGGUGGACCGUUGGUCUGCUUGGAUUCACAUUGAUCUGCUGCUUCCUAUGCCUUGAAGAGACAGGGUUCAACCGCGUGGACCUUGACAAGAACCCAAAAGUCCCCAUUUCAUUCAGUGAAAAUCGGAUGGCGACUUUCUUCUUCGGGCAUCGAGUUGUGCAGCCGACUACAUGGAAGGAGACGGCCAAAAUUGGGAUCACUCCCAUUCUCAUCGGUAUCUGCCCCGUUACUGUCAUCAUGGGCAUCUUCACUCUCAUCUCCUUCGGCUUCUACGUUGGCGUCAAUGCGCUUACCCCGGUCUGGCUCCAGAAGCCCGUCGCAGCCGGUGGCUACGGCUUCACACUGAAGCAAAACGCCGCAUUUACCUUCUGCCACUGGAUCGGUAUCAUCUUCGUCCAAUUCUACGGACACUACUUGAACGACCGGGUACCUCUCGCACUCGCGCGCCGUUUUAACAACGGUGUCUGGAAGCCCGAGUAUCGCCUGCACGUCCUCUGGCUCCCCAGUCUAAUUCUUAACCCAAUUGGUCUGGGAAUUUUCGGUGCCGCUCUUCAGUACCACCUACACUACAUGGUCCUCGCACUGGCAGUGUUCAUCGUCACUAUCGGGUCGCUCGCUAGUGUGCCGGUCACGGUGAACUACGUCGUCGAGUGUUUCACCAAGUACCCUGCUGAGGCAGGCAUUGUGAUUGGCGCUUAUCGGAUUGUGUACGGACUGACGAUUAGCUUCUAUAUUAAUCCGUGGGUGGAGGCGGUUGAUGUGGGCUGGGUGUACGGAAUGAUGGCGUUCUUUGCAGUGUUUUCAUUCUUCUUUGUCAUGCUCCUGAUGUGGAAGGGUCAUGCUAUUCGGUGUAUCCAAUUUUCAAGUCUUGCGUCGAGUGAGGAAGGUGAGAGGUUGGUUGAGUGAAUGUUGAAAUUUGGGGUCUGGGUCUCGAAAAGGUGUAAUAAAUCCGACGACACGGACAUGAUUGAUAAUCGCACGCUUACUUGUGCUUUCGCACGACAAACUAUUCCGUUUUUGGAG